CUCCACAAUGGCGCGCGUACCCAGGCCGUGCAAAUGUCAACACCCGAGGAGACCGCAGAAGGGAUAAUGUCCUUCGAGGAUUUGCGGAAGCGGGCGCGGCAGCUGGAGGGUGAGAUCGACGUGAAGCUCGUGGCCUUCAGCAAGAUCGCGGCGAGUUAUGGCAGCAGCAGCACGUCCAGCAGCGCCAACCCGGAGAGCGUGGCGCUGCUCUCCGGGGAACAAAUGUAUGAGACAAUAUCCGUUGAGUUGGAGCAGUUACUGGCGGCCCUCACGGACAUCAACGAGAGGAUGAAUAAUUGUCCGCAUGGCUCGUCAGUGGCCACCAUCCACACUUUGCAGCGUCACCGAGAUAUCCUGCAGGACUACACACAUGAGUUCCAGCGCACGAACAACACCAUCAAGACAAGGAGAGAGCGAGAACAGCUUCUGGGUGUUGGGCGGAAUGGUGGGAAGAGUCUGGCUGGCCUUUCCCGGCGUGACCUCUACUUGAAAGAAAGUGAGCACCUGGUGAACUCGGAGGGGAUGGUGGACGAGCAGAUCACUAUCGCAAUGGACACCCGAGACCACCUCAAGACCCAGCGGCAGACUUUCAAAAUGAUUCAGACUAAGGUGAACGACCUCUCCAACCGUUUCCCCAUGGUGAACUCCCUAAUGACCAAGAUCAACAUCCGCAAGAGGCGCGACACCCUUAUCCUGGGCACAGUCAUUGGCCUCUGCCUCACCUUCAUGUUGUGGUGGAUGUUCUUCUAGUGGUGAGAGUGGAUGCCUUCUGUCUUCGUCUUUCCCUCCUCGUUUUCACUUAUAUUUCUGUCGGCAUUUAAUUUUCUUCCUUUGAUUUCUUCUUAUCUUUUUGCCUUUUAUUUAGUUUAUGGUGUUAUCACUCACUCAAAUGUUAAAAGGGGCUUGAUUUUGGCACAUGGGAAGCUUUGAGUGUUGUUUGUAGGCAAUAUGAAGAAAGUAUUACUUUUGCCAUUCAUAUAGUGUAUGUAUGUAUGUGUGUAUGUAUGUAUAUAUUACUUAAUCAGUGAUGUAUAAUAUGUAUUACCAUUAAUAUUAAGCUUUACUAGAAAAAUAUAUAUAUGAUAUUUGAUUAUAAUACAAAUUACUAAAGAA